AGCAUUCAACACAGUGAAACACAAGUUGGCUUUAGCUUGUCUCAUCACUCUAUCUCACGCUAGUAACGAGGGCUUCAGCUUGCUAGUUACAGUCAGAAUGGCAGGAGGACUUUUCUCCAUGGAUCACCCAUGGGCCUCUGCUUUUGGCAUUCUGGGCAACAUCGUCUCCUUCCUGGUGUUCCUCGCACCAACGCCAACGUUCCUGCGCGUGUACCGAAAGAAGUCGACGGAGGGGUUCAGCUCGGUGCCGUACGUGGUGGCGCUCUUCAGCUGCACGCUGUGGAUCUUCUACGCGCUCGUCAAGACCAACUCCAGCCCGCUCCUCACCAUCAACGCCUUCGGCUGCGUCGUCGAGGCCGCCUACAUCCUCCUCUACCUCAUCUACGCGCCACGAACCGCGAGGCUGAGGACCCUCGCCGCCUUCUUCCUGCUGAACGUGGCGGCCUUCUCGCUCAUCGUCGUCGUCACCGUCAUGCUCGUCGCGGAGACUCACCGCGUGAAGGUGCUCGGAAGCAUCUGCCUCGCCUUCUCCAUGGCCGUCUUCGUCGCCCCCAUGAGCGUCAUCUUCGUCGUGAUCAAGACCAAGAGCGCGGAGUUCAUGCCCUUCUCCCUGUCCUUCUUCCUCACCCUCAGCGCCGUCGCCUGGUUCUUCUACGGCCUCUUCACCAAGGAUCUCUACGUCGCGCUUCCCAACGUGGGCGGCUUCUUCUUCAGCUGCAUCCAGAUGGUGCUCUACUUCUGCUACCGCAAGUCCAAGGCGGCCGCGGUCCUGCCGACGACGACAGCCACCGUGGCGCAGUCGGUGGAUGCGAUGGAGCUGCCCGUCCUCGGUGCCCUCCACGCGGUGGCCGUGCUGCCGGCGUGCGCGGUCCCGGUGCUGGUCGAGCUGCAGAAGAUGGAGCAGGAGGCUGGAUCGCCGCGCAAGGGCGGCGUCAAGGCCGUGUGACCGUGCGUGCAUGCCCGGCCGCCUGGGUCAGUGGCCUGGCCUGCCUGAAACGCGAUGUAUGCAUGCUCUCGAUCAGUUGCUUGAUGGCUUGUCAAUUAGAUGCAAAAAAAAAAAAAACCUAAUGGCAAAUUAACCGCCACUAGAGAUAUGCGUGU